GAAGAUUGGGGGUGGGGGCUUUGGAGAAAUUUACGAUGCCUUGGACAUGCUUACCAGGGAAAACGUUGCACUGAAGGUAGAAUCAGCCCAACAACCAAAACAAGUUCUGAAAAUGGAGGUUGCUGUGUUGAAAAAACUACAAGGGAAAGACCAUGUUUGUAGAUUUAUUGGCUGUGGGAGGAAUGAUCGCUUCAAUUAUGUGGUCAUGCAGUUGCAGGGUCGGAAUCUGGCAGACCUACGCCGUAGCCAGUCCCGGGGCACAUUCACUAUUAGCACUACUCUUCGGCUGGGUAGACAGAUUCUGGAGUCUAUUGAGAGCAUCCAUUCUGUCGGAUUCUUGCACCGAGACAUCAAACCGUCGAACUUCGCCAUGGGCCGCUUUCCUAGUACAUGUAGGAAGUGUUACAUGCUCGAUUUUGGCUUGGCUCGACAAUUUACUAAUUCCUGUGGUGACGUCAGACCACCUCGAGCUGUGGCAGGCUUUCGAGGGACAGUUCGUUAUGCAUCGAUCAAUGCUCAUCGGAACAGAGAAAUGGGAAGACAUGAUGACCUUUGGUCCUUAUUCUACAUGUUGGUGGAGUUUGUAGUUGGGCAGCUGCCAUGGAGAAAAAUAAAAGACAAGGAGCAAGUAGGCUCUAUUAAGGAGAGGUAUGACCACAAGCUUAUGUUGAAACAUCUCCCUCCAGAAUUCAGCAUCUUUCUGGACCACAUUUCCUCUUUGGAUUAUUUUACAAAACCAGACUAUCAGCUUCUUACAUCCGUGUUUGACAACAGCAUCAAAACCUUUGGAGUAUUUGAGAGUGACCCUUUUGACUGGGAGAAGACUGGAACUGAUGGCUCCCUAACAACCACCACUACUUCUACCACCCCUCAGUUGCACACCCGCUUGACCCCUGCAGCAAUCGGAAUUGCUAAUGCCACUCCCAUCCCAGGGGACUUGCUUCGAGAAAAUACAGAUGAGGUGUUUCCAGAUGAACAGCUUAGUGAUGGGGAGAAUGGCAUCCCUGUUGGUAUGUCACCAGAUAAAUUGCCCGGAUCUCUGGGACACACUCAUCCCCAGGAGAAGGAUGUCUGGGAAGAGAUGGAUGCCAACAGGAACAAGAUAAAGUUUGGAAUUUGUAAGGCUGCUACUGAAGAGGAGAAUAGCCAUGGUCAAGCAAAUGGUAUUCUGAAUGCUCCAAGCCUUGGUUCACCGAUUCGUGUCCGCUCAGAGAUUACUCAGCCAGACAGAGAUGUUCCGUUGGUGCGAAAGUUACGUUCUAUCCACAGCUUUGAGCUGGAAAAACGUCUGACACUAGAGCCAAAGCCGGAUACUGACAAGUUUCUUGAGACCUGCCUGGAGAAAAUGCAGAAAGAUUCCAGUGCAGGAAAGGAACCUCUUCUUCCUGCCCUGCUUCGUAAGCCUUGUGUUCCUGCUGGGGCCCGUACUGACCACAUCUGGAACUAUGAUGAAGAAUAUCUUCCAGAUGCUUCUAAGCCUGCCUCUGCCAAUACCCCUGAGCAGGCGGAUGGUGGUGGCAGCAAUGGAUUUAUAGCUGUUAACUUGAGCUCUUGCAAGCAAGAGGUUGAUUCCAAAGAAUGGGUGAUUGUGGACAAGGAGCAGGACCUUCGGGAUUUUAGGACAAAUGAGGCUUUAGGCCAUAAAACAACAGGGAGCCCUUCUGACGAGGAGCCUGAAGUACUUCAAGUUCUAGAAGAAUCACCUCAAGAUGGAAACCUCCGAUUGGGUCCUUGGGAAGAAAAUAUUCAUUUAAAGAAGGAAACCUCAGGUGUGAUCUUAGCACUUUCCAGGGAAUGCCCUGCCACUGCUGCUUCAGAGCAAUAUACAGAUAGGCUAGAACUCCAGGCUGGAGCUGGUGGUCAGUUUAUUGCAGCAACACCCACAAGUCCAAUGGAGGCACAAGCGGAAGGACCUCUUACAGCGAUUACAAUUCCUCGACCUUCUGUGGCAUCUACACAGUCGACUUCAGGAAGCUUUCACUAUGGUCAGCUGCCAGAGAAGAAGGACCUUCAGCCUAUGGAGCCCACUGUGGAACUUUAUUCUCCAAGGGAGAACUUCUCUGGUUUAGUUGUGACAGAGGGAGAACCUCCUAGUGGAGGAAGCAGAACAGACUUGGGGCUGCAGAUGGAGCAUAUUGGUCCUGACAUGUUACUCGAUACCAGAGAGUGUGAAAAAUCUCAAGACCUGGGACCAGAAGACCUUCCUGACCAUAACAGACCGGCUGGGAGAGAACUUGAGAGUCUCCCUAGGGAAACUGAAGAGAAAAGCCUGCUAGGGUCAGAUAAUGAAGAUGAAAAGUUAAGUAAAGGGCAGCAUUAUAUUGAGAUCUCCUCUCUCCCCGGAGACUUAGAAAGGGAUCACUCAGUGACUACUGAACCUCUCGACAUGACAAAGACACAGACUUUUAGUGUGAUGCCAAACCAAGACAGAAAUCAUGAGAGAAUGAAGCUUCUGUCAGUUGGAACUUCAGAAAUUUCCCCAGAAGGCAUUGACCCACGUGCUGAAGGACAGAUAGGCCAGGUGGCAACAAUGCAAAAGAGUAAGAUAUCUAAGGAUGAUGACAUCAAGAGUGAAGACUUGCCCGGUCUUCAAGGAGACCUCUCUACUUUUUUGCACCAAGAGGGUAAGAAAGAGAAAAUUGCCCCUAGAAAUAGAGAGCUAUUUAAUAGUGUUUCAGAGAGUGAACAUUGUCCCUCUUCCCGGAAGGAUAUGGUUAGGUCAUCCUUCGUAACUAGACACAGCCGAAUCCCUGUUUUAGCACAAGAGAUAGACUCAGCUUUCGAAUCAUCCUCUCCACUCUCUGCAAAAGAAAAGCUCCUCCAAAAGAAAGCUUAUCAGCCAGACCUACUCAAACUUCUGGUGGAAAAAAGGCAACUCAAGUCUUUUCUUGGGGACCUCUCAAGUGCCUCUGAUAAAUUGCUGGAGGAGAGACUAGCUACUGUUCCUGCUCCCUUUUCUGAGGAGGAAGUCUUCACUCCCUUUUCAAGACUGGCGAUAGACGCCCCCCUGAGCAGGUCAGCUGAAGAUAGCUUUUUGUCACCUAUCAUCUCCCAGUCCAGAAAGAGCAAAAUUCCAAGGCCAGUGUCAUGGAUCAACACAGAUCAAGUCAAUAGCUCAGCUUCAUCACAGUUCUUGCCUCGGCCACCACCAGGAAAGCCACCCACGAGGCCUGGAGUAGAAGCCAGGCUCCGCAGAUACAAAGUCCUAGGGAGUAGCAAUUCCGACUCAGACCUUUUCUCUCGCCUGGCCCAAAUUCUUCAAAAUGGAUCUCAGAAACCCCGGAGCACUACUCAGUGCAAGAGUCCAGGAUCCCCUCACAAUCCAAAAACACCACCCAAGAGUCCAGUUGUCCCUCGCAGGAGUCCCAGUGCCUCUCCUCGAAGCUCUUCGUUGCCUCGUACAUCUAGUUCCUCGCCAUCUAGGGCUGGACGGCCCCACCAUGACCAGAGGAGUUCAUCCCCGCAUCUGGGGAGAAGCAAGUCACCUCCCAGCCACUCAGGAUCUUCCUCCUCCAGGAGGUCCUGCCAACAGGAGCAUUGCAAACCCAGCAAGAAUGGCCUGAAAGGAUCUGGCAGCCUCCACCACCACUCGGCCAGCACUAAAGCGCCCCCAGGGAAGAGUAAGUCAGCGAGUAAACUCAGCAGAUAGGAGCCAGGCCGCAUCUCUGAAAGGUGUGAGAUCCUCCUCCUAAACCUGAUGCACGUGUAUCCCUGUAUUGUCUAUUUUAAAAGUCUGUGUUGAUUUUCUCUUGCAAAAGAAAGUAACAUGAUAAAUUAUUUAUAAGGAGACAUAAAUAUUUGAUAAGGAAUUACCUAAGGCAGGCAGCAAGCAGAUCAGGAAUUAAUGCCUUUGCACAGGAAGGGGCAUUCUAGCAAAUCCAAGAGGGAGAAACUGAUUAAAUGAACUUUUUUUUUUUUUUUAGCUGCUUCUAAAACAAAAGAGUCAAAAGUAGGAGAUGGAAUGGAAUUUUAAAGGCUUUGGCCUGCUUAUUCUUUAAGGCUCUACUCAAACAUUAUAUAGCAAAAUUGAAACCUCCUGUUUUAAUAUUUUCAUUCAAAACUUCUCAACUUUGGAGUUCAGAAUUGCUCCAGUAUUAAAGUAUGUAAGAAGUCUGUUGCUGGGGAGCCAAUGCCGAUACACAUAUAUGUAGCUUGUGUAUUUAUCUAUAUGGAGAGUUCACACCUUUACUUUGCCUCAUUCCUUGUACCCUCCUUGGAUUUCAUAUUUUUUAAAGUUAGUGUUUCUCACCUGAUCCAAUCUUUUAUUUUAACAAUACAUUCUAAUAUGCUUUUAGCAGCAUAUGCUAAAAUUUUUCUUUGGAGCACUAUAGUCUCAAUAUAUUUUUAUUGUGAGAAAUAAUUGAUGACACUUAGGUAAUAGAAGGGAAAAUCUAAAUAGAACUAGUUUGCAGGCUUUAGUGCUUUAGGCAGAGGGGGCAGAGUGGGGGUGAAUGCCCUGUAAGGCAGAAGAACUCUCUUUCCCUGUUAGUUUCUUCCUUGUGGAAGGAAAACUGACCAGAGUAGACCUUGAUUCCUUAAUUCUUCUCUGUACCAACUAUUUCUAAUGCCAACCUCCAAGAUGAUACCAAGGAAGUACAGUGCUGUGAAAUGUGACUUUAUGCUUUUAGAGGUUUAAAAAGAAAAGUAGAAAGAAAUUAAGUAUGUUGUUGAGACUUAUCAUCCUCAAACUUUGUAUUUUAUACAUGUAGUCAGUUAGGAAUGAGUAUCUGGGGAAAUAAAUUUAGGUUCAGUAUUUAUCUUUUAUUUUAAAGUUUUUUUUACCAGCUUCUCCUGUGCUUUAGUUUGAACAUUUGAGUUUCUUGACCUGAUUUCCAUGUAAUCUCAAUUUACAAAGCUAUAAAGAGGAUCAUAUUUGUUCUAAUCUCACUCUUCUGCUAACAGGAAUCAGGCAAAAUUAAAUCAUAGUAGACUUUGAAAUUGGGCUUUUUUAUACUUUGAUGUUUUUUGUGUUGUAAAGACCUUAUUAAGGUCAGGUAAAUUGGUCUGCUUGCUGUUGAAAUUUGCCUUCUAGCAAACAUCUGUGCUUUCUUUUCAACCUUGUGUUUGCUGCCAAACCUAAUGUGGUUGAAUUUGGGGGGGAAAAGAAAUAUAUUUUCUCACCAAGUGAACAUAUUCUAAUGCUGCAUCAAAGUUGCCCUGAAGCUGCACUGAACUUAUCUUGUUCUCUUUAUCUGUGUUGAGCUUUCUAAAAAAAACAAACAAACAAACAAAAACAUACAAAAAAAAAAAAAAAACCUCAAAACACUAUUGAGGCAUAUUUUGUCUCCCAUAAGAAUUGUAGCAUAGUGUGGAAUCUUAAUUUCUCUCUGGUUUCGAGCGCUAUAGAGGAAUGCACUAGAUAAGACAUAUUUGCUCUUUACCUAAAGCAACUGUAACAUUGGAAGACCCAUCUUUCUGUAUUAUAUUGUAUAAUAGUUGCUAUAACACUACUUGCAUGUAUUCAUGGUAAAUUAUAUAAAUAUUUAUAAAAAUAUAGAGAAACAUAUGCUUAUAUAAACUCAUUCUUUCUCAUUCUCCAUUUGUAAUUUCAAGAUCACGGAUGGAGAAAUACCGUUUUACUGUGUGCCUCGCGUACACUUGGGCCUUGCCUGUCUUCAUUUUCUGAAAAUACGUUCUUGGCACGUGACACUUAAGAUUCUUCUUGCCUUCCUUGCGUAUAAUGCAAGGGUUGGCAGUCUUGAACAGGCCAAGAUAGGUUAUUUGAUUUUCAUUUUUUAAAAUAUUUUAAUAGGGGUAAAAUUACUGGGACAUGCUUGUAAUACUGGUCUUGUUAAUUACAUAAUGCUGUUCUUACGGUUAGAGUGGAUAAACUGGGAUGAUAAUCAUGGGUCUGACGAAUUGAUUUUUUAAAAAAAUCCCUUAAAAUUACCAUUCUGCUUUCCUCUUUUAACUUCACUUUUUGAGGGGUGGUGGAGGAGUAAUCUACAAUUAAGAAAUUCUCUUUUUUUCUGCUCUACUUGCAAAAUUGUGCGAAAAGUAGCCAGCUUUACAUCUUGACCCCUUUAGUCAGAAAUGUGCUUGUAGUAACCAUCGGAAAAGCUGAGAGGCUGCGGUGUGGUGUGUGUGUGUGUGACUUUAUAUCUGAUUGACAUUUCUCUGCUAGCAGUCAAAACUGGCAAAGAUGGCAACUUAAUGUUUUUCCUCUUUUUUAGUUCUUUCCAUUUUUCUCACAACUUUCCCACUGUGUUUUGCUCCUUUUUCUAAAUGGUACCCACAAACUCAAGGUCCAGAAAUAGUCUUGCUGUGUAAGACUAUUUUAUUUUGCAUGUAGAGAAAAGUGUUAACCAGAGAUUUUUCUGCUUGAAAAAGAAAACAAACUAAUAUUAUGUAUCAGUAGGUCCACUUGAAAGUACUACUAUCUUAUACAGGGUGGGGCAAAAGUAGGGUUUUAGUUCUUUGUGUGGAAAACAAUACAGUAAUUAAUAAAUAAUAAUACAAGAAUUAACUGUUUUGCAUAGUCACAACUGUAAACCUACUUUUGUCCCACCCUGCAUAGAGAUUUUACGGUUUUUAAGUGCAAUUUGUGCUUUUAGAUAAUACAUGUCUCGGGCUAAAAAGAGAAGUUCACAGCCCUGAGUAAAGCCCUUUUGGCACAAGGAUUUUUGUUUUUGUUUUAUUUUAAAGUCUGAUACAGAGAAUGAGUUGUAUUGUUGUUUUCAGUUCUUUCUUUUUUCUUUAUUUUUUUUUAGUGAUGGCAUAUUUCAAAAUUCAGUGACAAACAUAGAUCAUCCAAGGAAUUUUAAACCAGUUUGGUUAUUCUACCUAAGAUGAGGGACAUGGCCGUCAGUUAAAGUCAAGCCAAACUACACUAAAAGUAUUAUGGAGCAGAAGUAAAUUAUCUUUUGAAAAUCAAGUGCCUCGUCAUUUCUCCUGUCACAGCAAAGUGGCUGGUUACCUUGCUCUUACCUUCCCUGUCUAAUCUCUGGAACUACUUGGGUGAAAUGGAAGAUGGAAUUAGCAACAUUUUGUUCCUUUCAGGUAGCAUUCUUUCUAAGUUAUGCUGCCAGAUCUCCAGGGUGUACAGAUGGGUUAAACGAUUUUAAAAUUCCACAUAGUAAUCUUUUUUGUUGUUGUUGUUGCCCUGGGGCACUUUUUUAUAUUGGAGAAAAAAGUUAAAGCACAAACUCAGAUUCCAAAAAAAGAUCACACACUGUUUAGAGACAGACUACACAAGAGUUACAAAAAAUAGUUGCCCAGGCAUAAGCAUACACCAGUUUGUUAAUUAUACACAUAUGGUUACAAGUGUGCUUGCAAAGAAGUUCAUUGGAAAUAUACACAAGGCUCUGGAAAUGUACACCUUGUAGUGUUACAAUUCGAUAUUCAAACAAGGAAAUUUGACAGUAUGUUACAUUCACUUACAAGUAGACAAAAUGCAGAAUACAAUUCAUCUUCUGUACAAAAAGGAAGGGCAGUCACACUUUACAAAGCGAGAGGGCUCCAACUGUAAGGAAAGCUGGGGCCUGGCCGAACUUUGCACGGCCUUUUGACUGUCACAAAAUAACCAAAACAUUCACAUAGUAAUCUUUCGCACAGCUUAAAGGUAUUUAACUUUAACAUAUAGUGAACAAAAAAGGAAAAUUGGGUCAUACCAAAUUUAACUUUAAAGCACAGAUUAUAAACAUCUUUGAAGGUUUAAGUCUUAGGCAGGCACCAUCAUUCUCAACUUGGUACGCAAGCUGGCCUUGCUGACAGGGGCAUAGCUACAUUUACUGUUAUUUUUUAGGUUGCCAGUUGUGAAGUAAAUGUUUUUUGUAAAAGUUGCCAAGUUAAUCAAGUCCUAAAUAAGUAACAAAAUGAUAAUUGAGACCCAUUAUUAUCCACUUUAUAUUAUUUGCUUUAAAAUACUAAACAAAUUUCAGCUGCUUACUAAUACAGUGAACUAGUUAUGCAGUAUCUUUCUGUUUAGCUCCUCCUACCACUGUGGGAACUUGAGGUUCUUUAGUAAUCAUGAGAUUCCUUAUAAGCCACAGAUUUUUAUGCAAAGGUUUCUAUGGUUGUUUUUAAUCAACAAGGAAAAGGUGUACGUUAGGGCAUGUUUUAUAAACCCAGACACAGAUAGUUAAAAUAACAAUUAGUUUUUCUGUACCUUUGAAUAAAAAACAGAUGCCUUUUCCCCAAAAGCAGAGGAUUCUUUGUUCUAGGAACUACAUUCUUAAUCUAACAUAAGGAACUGGUGAUAGGAGAAACAAGAUCCAGAAUUCAGAAUUUAGGGGGGAAAUACAUCGUACUCUGGCUGUUUGAAAAUAGAUUUACUUGUAGAUAAGUCUAGAUUUAGUCUUGAAGAUCAGAUUUUGACAUAUAAAAAUGUUUUUCAUUCCUUUAUAUCAGUCAAACAUGGCAUACAUAGGGAAACAGUUCUCCUGUCAUGCUCCUGUAUUUUGAAAUUAAGUUGUUUACAUUCAUUCUCUUAACAUCUGCCCAUUUCUGCUUAUGUGUAUUUACCACAGAUGUGUUGGGGGCCUUGCCUGAAAAGAGAUUUUUAGCACCUGUAUUACUGUGGCGAUAAAAUGAUUGACAAUGCCAUUGUUUAAGUUUCUUGAGUUUGGUUCUGUAGACAGUUUAUUUGCAGUUACUUAUCUAUGUUUUACUACAAAUGUAUUACAGGAGUAAGAAAUGGAACCACUAUGGUAGUCCUCAUAAAUCAAUAUUCACCCAAGUUCAGAAACCAUAGGUGCAUACCUGGACUGUAACUUAGAGAAGGUAAUAAGAUGGUUCUAGUCCAUGGGGAAGCCCCAGGUGGUUGUAGGACAUCCUACUUCCUUGUCUCAUCCAACAGAACUCUGGUGUGGACCUCAAGGAUGUGGGAGCAGAGCAUUUGAGAUUUGCUCCCCAGCAGUUGUCCUCAGUUUUGGCUUAAAUAAACUCUUAUAAAAAAUUUUUUUUAAUGAUGUGGGAGUAGUGUGGAAACAUCAGAUCAUUAGAUAUUAGUAGCUUAGCUGUCCCUCUAGAAUUAUGAGAAAUUUAACCCAGAUAGUCUUGAGAGCCUGAGGAAUCUGUUGCCAACCUUGCUGGAGAGAACUGCAGGAGGCACAUGGGGAAUUCCUUUAGUUCUUAGAUAACUCCAGGACAUGGGGUAAGGCUCCCUGUUCCUGUAAAGGGGAAUUUGGAUGCUGCACAUUUCAAUCCCUAAAAAUCCCUGGCUGGAUGUGAAAUGAUGUCAUUAAAGUCUUGGCCCAUUAAUAUAUUUUUUAAUUCAGUUGUGAUUAUUGGCUCUGACUUUUUUUUAUUAUUCCCCUUAAGCAAAUUUGGAUCAGAAAAUUAAAAGUAUGUGACAAGAUCAAGAUCACAGUCUCAAGAACUGAAUAGCCAAGUACCAUUUAUUUGGUAAUGAUUUGAAUAUUUCCUUAGACUUUGCUUGUUUCUUGGUCUUAAAGAGACAUGUAAAAGAAGUGAAGCCUUUUUCCUUCGUUGCCAUGCGAAACUUUAACCAGGUCUGCCUCUUUAAUUGGAAGUGACAGUUUUGGGCAUAGUGUAUAGCACUGGUGAUACUGACAUGUCUCUCAGACACCCAGGGCUUCUGGGUUCCUUGACCUAGAGAAUAGGAUUCACUGAGGCAGAUCUUUGGCCCAUGUGACUGUAGAAUUUGCUGAUGACAUAACUUUACAUGCUAACGAUGGAUAGGAAUUUUAUUUCUUUUCAUUAGUUUAAUAUUUUAUAUUGUGUACUGAAGUGUUCACUCAUCCAGUUAAAAACAUUGAAUAAACCAAGUUUUUGUAUAAACUACCCUUGUCAUAGAUGCUUUCCCCCUUAUAACAUACGGUAUAAAUCAGCGGUCGCCAGCCUUUCGGACCUCACGGACCACGGGUUGGCGACCACUGGUUUAAGUCCUUAAAAUUCCAUGUGCAGCACUUCAACAUGCCUGGAGUCUGUCUGGGUUGUUCUUCACUCACCCACAAGGGUAAACAAGGCUACCAGAGCUCGAAUGUGAUUUAUUUUAGGAGAGCAACCCAGGCAGGGAAAUGCCCUUGGGACUUUUUCAAAAUAUUUUAUUUUUAAACCAUUCAGAUAGAUAAAUCAGUUCACUAAGAUAAAAAGCAUUCAGAAAUACAGAUAGGAAGAUAAAGGAAAUACAACAGUGUGCCACUCAGGGCUCUGAAAUUGGAUUGAGUGAAGCAAAUAAAGAGAACAGAUCUGAUGACCCAGGCUUGAGCCUCCUCCCCUCUCCCUCAUACACAGCCCCUGAUCCCCUUCCUGACUCCUUUCCUAAAAUAGCCAAUGCCCAUUUAAUUAGGCUGUUUACUUAGACAUUGACAGCUUUUAGGGAAAAAAGGGGGGCGGGGGAAAUAUCUAGUUUUUCAUUAGAUACAAAUCUUGAAAGUAUGAACUAUUGGCAGCUGUUAAAUCAGAUUGAAUCACAAACCAAAAGAAUUCUCUCUUGUCAAGCAACACCAAUAUGUCAGCAUGGAGGACUUUAAUAAUUCCAGUUUUCUCCCUUUCUUCUCCUCUUCAUGAAAUCAGUGAUGAGAAAUUCUUUUGGAAAUGCUUCCAAUGGUAUUGUGUCUCUUUCCCCUCCAAGCAGCCCUCUGUAUGCAUUUUAGCUCAGGCAACAAGGACAAUAGAGUAUUGACAGAAACGUGGAGUGCUUUUGUAUGGGUCAUCUGUACAUAAAAGUGUAAUUAUUUAUUUAAUUUUCCCAUUUGUAUCAUAUUAAAGCUUUGUACAGUGUUUUAAGUUCUGUUUUAAAAUUAUUUUGUAUUUUAUUUUUAUAAUCUAGUAAUAAAAUAUUCAUUCCGCAUGCAA